CCGGGCCGGAGCUGCGGCGCGUGCGCGGAAGGCGCAGCCCUCGCGUUCUCCCGGGCGGUCCCGGCGGCGCGGCUUGGCGCCCGCGCGCGCCUCAAAGGCCCGCGAGGUGCCCGCCUGGGUGCGGGAUGGCGGCCAGCCUGUGGAUGGGAGACCUGGAACCCUACAUGGAUGAGAACUUCAUCUCUAGAGCCUUUGCCACCAUGGGGGAGACCGUGAUGAGCGUCAAGAUUAUCCGAAACCGUCUUACAGGGAUCCCAGCUGGCUACUGCUUUGUAGAAUUUGCAGAUUUGGCCACAGCUGAGAAGUGUUUGCAUAAAAUUAAUGGGAAACCCCUUCCAGGAGCAACACCUGCAAAACGUUUUAAACUGAAUUAUGCCACUUAUGGGAAACAGCCAGAUAAUAGCCCUGAGUACUCCCUCUUUGUGGGGGACUUAACCCCAGAUGUGGAUGAUGGCAUGCUGUAUGAAUUCUUCGUCAAAGUAUACCCCUCCUGUCGGGGAGGCAAGGUGGUUUUGGACCAGACAGGCGUGUCUAAGGGUUAUGGUUUUGUGAAAUUCACAGAUGAACUGGAACAGAAACGAGCUCUGACGGAGUGCCAGGGAGCAGUAGGACUUGGGUCUAAACCUGUGCGACUGAGUGUGGCAAUCCCUAAAGCGAGCCGUGUAAAGCCAGUGGAAUAUAGCCAGAUGUACAGUUACAGCUAUAACCAGUAUUACCAACAGUAUCAGAACUACUAUGCCCAGUGGGGCUAUGACCAGAACACAGGCAGCUACAGCUACAGUUACCCCCAAUAUGGCUACACCCAGAGCACCAUGCAGGUAACUGAUUUGACAUAUGAAGAAGUUGGAGAUGAUGCAUUGGAAGACCCCAUGCCACAGCUGGAUGUGACCGAGGCCAACAAGGAGUUCAUGGAGCAGAGUGAGGAACUGUACGAUGCACUGAUGGACUGCCACUGGCAACCCCUGGACACGGUGUCUUCAGAGAUCCCUGCCAUGAUGUAAACAGGACAAAGGACAAGCCAGGAUGGACGACGACUUAAAAAAAAAAAAAAUCGUGAAAACUUUUGCUUUUGGAAAUGAUUUGUACGAUUUUAAUGACUUUCCUGAGAUUACUUUUACAA